AUGGCGACAGACAUGCAGGUGAAUGUUCAGAUUCACAACAUAAAAAAUGUCCAAAAUAUUCCAUUCAUGUAUGAAGUAAGACAGCCCUCUAAUCAUAUACGUUUAAAACGUGCUAUCGCAGUAAAUAAUCCCCCUGAAUUCGAGAAAGAUCUGUAUACCAAAAGUGUCUUAGAGGAACAGAAUCCUGGCUUGCAUGUGAUCACCAUCACAGCCACAGAUCCAGACACUGGAAAUGAUGGACUACUGACCUACAGUUUGGAAGCCACCAGCGACCAGAGAAGCAAAGAAAUGUUUGCUAUUCACCCUAUCAUGGGACGUGUCAACACAACCAAACGUUUAGACAGAGAAGAAAUCAGCAUCCAUUACCUACAAGUUAUAGCAACAGACAAUGGUUCCCCUGCCAGACAAGCUCAAACGUUUCUAACUGUUGAAGUGAGUGAUGUGAACGAUCAUGCUCCAAUGUUUGAGAAAAGCGUUUUUUAUCAGGAUGUGAAAGAAAGUAUAGGUAUUUCCACAACAAUCAUGUCUGUUAGAGCUACAGAUAAAGACGCAGGUGACAACAAGGAGAUACGUUACAGGAUCAUGAACCCAUCAGGACCUGCUGGUCAAACGUUUAUGAUUGACCCCAUAUCUGGAAGUAUAACUACGAAGACCGAACUGGAUAGAGAGAAAGUGGCCACCUAUCAGCUGCUGGUUCAGGCUAUGGAUCAAGGAGAAGCGUCUAUGAGGAAAUCCUCUACCGCUACCAUCAACAUCAAUAUACAGGAUACCAAUGAUAACAGUCCACAGUUUUCUCAGAAGCUCUAUAUUGUAAAUAUACCAGAAAGUCAUGAUUAUACCACCUCCCCAGUCAUUGCCUAUGUGUCUGCAACCGAUCUUGACCAAGGUGACAACAAAGUCAUUACCUACAGCAUCUUUGGCGGAAACACUGACAACACAUUUAAGAUAGACAGAAGUACAGGUGAGCUCUCAAUUCAAUCAGCAUUGGAUAGAGAAAGGAAAGAUGAAUAUUCUCUAUUAAUUCGAGCUCAGGAUGGAGGCUCACCAAUGAGGUCAAAUACUACAACGGUCAAGGUGACAGUUCUAGAUGUAAAUGACAAUGACCCAUAUUUCUUUUCAGCCCCCUAUCAUCAUUCGGUAAAAGAAGAUGUUCCCGUGAAUCAAACUGUGUUACCUGUCCAAGCAACAGAUAAAGAUAUUGGACUGAAUGGUGAACUAGUUUAUUCUAUAUUGGCCACACCAGAAGGUUUUCCAUUCAAAAUUGAUGAAAAGACCGGUGAUGUAAAGGUAAAAUUACCAUUAGAUAGAGAAACUGGAGAUUUGUAUAACUUUGUUGUCAAAGUCCAAGAUAAAGGUACCAAAGUGAGAUCUGCAACAACAGAUGUGCAAAUAACAGUAAGUGACGUCAACGACAAUCACCCAAUAUUUCCUCACAGUGUGUACAAUUUGACUGUCCGUGAAGAUGAAGACCCUGGUGUUAAGGUCAUUUUGAGCUUGACAGCUAUGGAUGCCGACAGCGGUGAGAAUGCUUUGGUGGAUUACUCGAUAUUUUCUGGAAACCAAGAUGAUGCUUUUAGAAUAAGCUCUCUUAAUGGUGAAGGGUUGCUUAAAGUUAACAAACCUCUUAACUACAAGCAAGUAUCUCGAUAUGUCCUUGUUGUCCGUGCAACAGACAAAGGAGGAAAGUAUGAUCAAGCUGAGGUUCAUAUUCUUGUGCUGGACACAAAUCGUCACACACCUGUGUUCCAAGGAACUCCCUACACUGUUAAUGUUGAAGAGAAUACUGCCAUUGACACAUUUGUAUACCAAGUAAUGGCAUUGGAUGAAGACGUUGGAGAGAAUGCUCGAUUGUCGUAUGAACUACAUGGAUCAAUCUCAUUUUAUAUAAACUCCAAUACUGGUGAAAUUUUCACAAGGGUUGUCUUAGACAGAGAGAAAAAGGCUUCUGAAGCCUUUUACGUCACUGCUCAAGAUCAUGGUGUUCCCCCCAAAACUGCAACUACUGAUGUGAAUGUCAUUAUUACAGACGUAAAUGACAACUCGCCAGAGUUUGAUAAAAAAUCGUAUGUCGCAAAUGUCUUAGAAAAUGCUCAAGUUGGAUUUCGAGUUGUACAAAUAAACGCCACAGAUAGAGAUGAACAGAACUUUGCACUUAUUUCUUACACAUUUCAGGGAGGAAAUGAUGGAGAUGGUGAUUUUGAAAUUGAUUCCUCAUCAGGGACAAUUCGUGUGGCUCAGUCGUUAGAUAGAGAAACUAUAAGUUCAUAUGAACUGAAGGCUUUUGCCGUAGACAAAGGUAUUCCAGCUCGGUCCACCUCCACCAUCAUCACGAUACAUGUACAGGACAUCAAUGAUAAUCGACCAGUUUUUCCCAGUAAAACCAUAGAAAUCAAAGUGAUGGAGAAUAUCCCGCUGUAUUCCGUUGUUGCUCAGGUAUCAGCUGUUGAUCCCGAUGAGGGGGACAAUGCUGUUGUGGAUUACGAAAAAGUCGGAGGUGGUGAUGCAGACAGUUUUCAGCUGGAGCACCGUACUGGUGGACCAGCAAUUCUCAAAAAUUUGAUACAUCUUGAUUAUGAAGAAACUAAAAAAGUGUACCAAGUUUUGAUUCGAGCAAAGUCUGACCCAUUCUUUAGUGAAGCUCUUGUCCUAAUCAUGGUUCAAGAUGUAAAUGAUAAUGAGCCCAUUCUAAAGGAUUUUACGAUCAUUUUCAACAAUUUUGAGGACAAUUUUAUCACAGGAGCAAUAGGACGUGUACCAGCCACAGAUCCAGAUGAAAUUGACCGAAAUAAACUCACUUAUGAGUUUGUUGCUGGAAAUGAAGCUGACUUCCUUCAUCUGAACCAGACCACAGGGCAGAUAACUCUAAAUUACAGACUUAACUCAGAUGUUCCAAGGAAUGGCACCUUUCAAGUUAAAGUUUCAGAUGGGAAGAAUGAUGUGAAGGCGACAUGUCAGCUGUAUGUGCGAUUGGUUCGAGCUGAGAUGUUGCAGAACAGUGUCACCAUCCGACUAAACAACAUGACACAGACAGCCUUCCUCUCUCCACUUUACAAGUUCUUUGUGGAUGCCUUGGCAACCAUUAUGUUGACAGAGGAAAAACAUGUGUUUGUUCUCAACAUUCAGAAUGACACUGAUGUGAGUGCUCAGAUUUUGAAUGUAAGUGUAUCCGUCCGCAAACCUGAUGGAACAUUCCACUCAGCAGAAUAUCUCAAAGAACAGAUUUAUCUACAAAGGAUCUUAUUGGCCAAUCUCUCGACCCUCCAGGUGUUGCCAUUUGAUGACAACUUAUGUGUCAUAGAACCAUGUCCUAACUUUGAGAUCUGUUUGUCCCACGUGUCCUUCGACCAGGCUGCACCUUUUAUAACAUCGGAUAUGAUGCUGUUCCGCCCAAUACGCCCAUACAAUGGAAACACCUGUAAAUGCCCGACAGGUUUCACAGGUAUGACUAGGGACUUCCUGUGUGAUACUGAAGUUAACCUGUGUUACAGCAGCCCCUGUCUUAACGGAGGAACCUGUGUGCGUAGAGAAGGUGGAUAUACCUGUCAGUGUGGUGAUAACUUUACAGGGAGGAACUGUAAUAUCAACAUAACAAAAAAGUAUGAUGCUGCAUCUUGUCCGAGUGACCUGUGUCAGCCCCCAUCAACCUGCGUGCCCCUCAUCAAAGGAGGUUUCCGUUGUGAGGGCUGCCCAUCUGAGCCACACUUCAACAGAUUCUGUCAGCUGACUACCCGCAGGUUUCCAAAGGGAUCCUUUCUCACCUUCCCGGCACUCAAAAGACGAAACAGAUUCACCAUCGAGCUGAAAUUUGCAACCCAACAACAGAAUGGACUUUUGCUUUAUAAUGGUCGAUUCAAUGAGAAGCAUGAUUUCAUUGCCCUGGAAUUGAUCAAUGGUCAAGUACAAUUUUCCUUCUCCCUGGGGUCAAACAUCACCACUAUCUCCUCCAAUGUACUAGGGGGUCUCGGCAACGGAGAGUGGCAGCAUGUUGAAAUUCGCUAUGUUAACAAGACGGUGACCUUGACUGUGGGAGAAGAUUGUGACACACAGAUCUUUGUUAUGUAUGGAGAUCAGAUCACCAACAACUCUUGUGCCUCCCGGACAACACAUUUUCUCCCAGAAAUGUGUGCUAUCAACACCAACAUCUGUUAUCGUUUGUUGGACCUCACUGGACCAUUCCAGAUCGGAGGGCUUCCUCGGCUUCCCUCCACCUUCCAGAUCCAGAACAAGGACUUUGAAGGCUGUAUGAAAGAUAUUUACAUAGACAAGGAGCUGCUGGACCUGAACAAAUCUGUAUCAAAUAUUGGUACACAGAUGGGAUGUUCGGAGAAAAAGAACUUCUGUGCCGGAGCUCCCUGUCAGAUGGGAGGUACUUGUGUCAAUGGCUGGGGUGUCUACAGAUGUGAGUGUCCAAGCAAAGCUGGAAAUAAAGACUGUAGUCAAGGGAUUGACACACCAAAGCGAUUGGACGGAAAUGGCUUUCUGAAAUUCAGUAACAACUCUUUAAGCAGUGUGGAGAUCUUUACAACAUGGUACAACGGUCUGUCCUUUAGGACACGUGCCGAGUCAGGAGCUCUUAUGUAUAUCACUCUUGUCAACGGUCACUCCAUACUUAUGCAGUUGGUCGAUGGCUACGUACAUUACAACUACAAAAACGAUGAUAUGACCCAGAACUUCCCCUUCAGUUCUGUCAAGGUCAAUGAUGGCCAAUGGCAUUACUUUGAGGUUAGGUGGCAGGAUCGUGGUCAGCUACUCUUUCUGCUUGACUAUGGACACUGGCAGAAAGUUGACACAGUUAUUGGAGAUCUUAAGAACCAGAAGAUUGGAGAGAUAUAUGUGGGAGCUGAGAGGAUAGGUACAGGGCCUAUAUCUAAAGGCUUUGUUGGCUGUGUUGAGGACAUGCGUGUAGGGAACACACCCAGUGCCGUCCUUAUGCGUCCCCAAGGUCACAAUGUUGCAGAUGGCUGCACUGUCACCAACCUUUGUGAUGAAAACCCCUGUGCUGCUGGUGCCACCUGUGUUGAUAAAUGGGGAGACUACUCUUGUAUCUGUCCCCCUGGGACCCUUGGCCCUCAUUGUGAUGAUAUCUGCCAGACUUACAACCCCUGUGAGAACUGGGGUAAUUGUCGAGGCCCAUCUUUUGGGGAGAACAUCAACUACACUUGUGAUUGUGGCCUGAUGACCAGUGGUGACCACUGUGAAAUUGUCACUGAACAGCCGUGUCCAGCUUCGUGGUAUGGACACCCCAUUUGUGGCCCCUGUAAAUGCUCCAGGGAUCUCGGCUUCAAUCCAGCCUGUAACAAGACUACAGGAGAGUGCUACUGCAAGGAAAACUACUACCGACCCAAAGGAUCAGACUCGUGUCAGAGCUGCAACUGUUACAGUUAUGGAUCUAAGAAUCAGUCUUGUCACCCAAUCACGGGUCAGUGCUACUGUAUAGACACUGUGAUUGGUCGACGCUGUGAUCAGUGUGCUAGCGAGUUUGCAGAGGUUAAUCUACGGAAAGUUGGCUGUACUGUGAAUUACUACAUGUGCCCACGUAGCCACACUGAUGGUGUAUGGUGGAAUAGUGUUUUGUUUGGGAACCACACAGUACAAGAUUGUCCUGAUGGAGCUAUAGGUGAUGCAAAGAGAAAUUGUUCUUUGGAUGGGAAAUGGUUGGCACCUGAUCUGUUCAACUGUACUCAUUCUGACUUCCUCUCUCUCCAAACACAGGUGAACAAGAUAGAGUCUGGGGACUUGAAGAUCACAACCUUUGUAGCAAAGCAGAUAAUGAGAAAACUCAGUGAAGCUGUAAGAAAAGCCACACGACUGUUUGGAAAUGAAAUCAACAUUACUUACCGAAUUCUUAAUCAGACUUUAGCCUAUGAGGUCCAACAGACUGGCCUGAGUCUUACCUCAGAGCAGGACAGCACAUACUUACAGAGUAUGCUAGAUAUUCUAAGUACAGUGAUGGACCCACGCUAUAAUAAGGACUGGCUGGUCAUCAACAAAAACUCAGGUGGCAUUGCGGAACUGCAGUGGAAACUGGAGAAGUACUUGGCUAUUUUAUCAGAAAAUCUAGCCACCCUUCAGAGUAAACCUUACAGUGUGGUAUCGGAGAACAUUGUUCUUGUGAUGGACAACUUGUCAGCAGAAAAUUUCUCUGGCCAGAGAAUCCCAAAGUUUAACAACAUAGUGAAACAAGAUACCUUUGAUGACGAUACUUACAUACUGCUAUCAAAGUCUGUUGUUUCCACGCCCCUUCCCGCAGAUCCAUUUGCACCUGUCUUUGAAGCCAUCUCAUCAUCCACAGCAUAUGUGGGCUUCAUCAUGUACAAGAAUCUUGGAGACAUUUUACCAAAGAGAUUUGAUUCAACUGUCAGACAAAUUGAGGAUCGACCUCUGGAUGUGAACGCCCCGGUCAUCACGCUCCUGGUAAGAGACCAGGGGGAGAUUGUGACCGGGGCAUUGACUGAGCCUAUCAAAAUGGUUUUCAAGCAAGAUAUGACAGUAAACAGGUCCAGCCCACAGUGUGUUUACUGGAAACACAAUCCCAACUCGUACGUGGCGGAAUGGUCAACCAAUGGCUGCGAGAUGACUGAUCGGUAUGAAAGAGAAAUCCUUGAUGGCAAUGAUCCUCCCAAACUACAGAUAUUCAUCGAGUGCUCCUGUGAUCACAUGACCUCUUUUGGUGUACUCAUGGAUGUAGCAGAUUCCGAGUAUGUUGCCAAGGGUGCCAUUUCUCUGGAAGUGAUCAGCUUUAUUGCCAUAGCGAUAGCAUUAAUCUGUCUGUUUGUGGCAUUCUUCAUCUUCAUGUGCUUCAAACAUCUUCAGAGUAAUGCAAAUAGUAUUCUUAUCAACCUCAUCUUCACCAUCUUUAUCUCGGACCUUGCGUUUAUCUCCGGAGUGUAUAGAACGGAACUAGAGCUGUUCUGUCGGUUGGUGUCUAUAUCGCUGCACUACUUCUACUUGUCGGCUUUCUCCUGGCUGUUUGUUGAGAUGUUGCACCUGUACCGUCGUAUCACGGAGAUCAGGGACAUUAACUAUGGUUCCAUGAAGUUUUACUAUCUCAUUGGAUACGUGAUACCAGGCAUCAUAGUUGGUCUGUCUGUCGGCCUGUACACAGAUGGCUAUGGCGGCUCACAGUUUUGUUGGCUGGACAUGGCUCAGGCCUUCAUUUGGAGCUUUGCUGGGCCAGUAGUAGUAGGAGUGUUGGUGAUUAUCCUAACAUUUAUACUGGCUCUGAAGGCAAGUUUUAGAGAAAAAGUCCAUGUCAGCGACAUUGUAGGAUUCAGGGCUCGUAUUUUCUGUGGCCUUGCCAUCCUUCUGUUGUUGGGCGUCACCUGGAUACUGGGCCUUGUCUCCGUCAAUUACAACAUGGUGCCCCUUCAUUACGCCUAUGCCAUCUUCUCAUUGGCUGAAGGUGGUUUCAUAUUUGUGGCCUAUAUUGUUGGUGAUAAAAAGGUGCGACUUCAACUAAAGAAGCAGUGGUACAAAUGUCAAGGCAAGAAGCUAGAAAUGGCCGAGAACUUGGGCGCCACAAGAAGCUCGAGAUCUGCAUUGGCCUAUCGCACAGACAAUUCAAUGGAUGGUUGUCUAAACAGGACGAUGAAUGUUGGUAUAUCUACAACGUCGACGACAAGUCGAUCAACCAGUAAGAGUUCCGGAGGUCUGUACAAGGGUGAGGACUAUCUACGUAGUACCAGUACUUCUACCUCUGGCCACGUUCCUUCUGAAAGCUUGUAUCCCCCUAACGCUGGGAUUCCACCCUAUGGAUACGACCUCAAGGCUUAUCACGAAAAAAGACCAAACGGCACUAAUGAUCACCUGGACGGCCCAAAUAAACGAUCAGGGAAUGACUCGGACUCUGACAGUGAUGGGUCCGUAGGACGUGCUAGCCUCAGUUUGGCAUCAAGUCACUCCUCAGAUGAUGAAGAUGAUGUUGCAUUCACAUGGGAAAAAGAAAUACCUCUAAAUCAAAAAGUUGAGGAAGCCAAAGAACAAGCAAGGAAGAAAAAGAAAGAAAUGGAUGAUGCUGAAAAACAGAAAAAUAAUGCCAAUACAAUAAACCCACCACUGUACAGUCAAAUACAACAACAACAACAGUAUGGUCAUUGGCCAGGAGACCCGAACUUGUCUGGAUUCCAGUUCACAGAGUCUGAAGACUAUCGUCAGUCAGACCAAGUCACCAUGUCUAGCGUACCUCCAGAUGUAACACUGCCUGCACAGGAGCUUCAAGGUACUAGUCACAGGGACUAUAUUAUGCCGCCAGUGCGGACAGACAGUCUGUUGAAUGACUCGAGCAGUAGUAAUACUCAUGGACCUUUUCACCCCCCUCCAGACCCUCGCGUCAAGGUGCAGGUCCUAACUCAUAAUGGAAGUAUAUCCUCCGAUUCAGAAUGCAGCCACGAAACCUCUGUAUGACAGUGCAUGUCCACAUGAUAUCAGCAUGGUAACGUGAUCUUUUGCCAGAGUAUUGGACAAGGGUCGUGCAUUUACAGACCUGGAUUACUUAGUGAACAUCCAGUUACAAUAAUUUGAUCUCAGCUGUCCAAAAUUUUACCAUUAUCUCAUUAACAUUUUUGUAUUCGUUGUCACAUUCAUCAAAUCUUCAUUAUAAAUUUCUUCAUAAAUGUCAUUAUUUCACCAUGACUUGCAUAAUCACUCAGAAUUAACUAGCCAAUAUAUCUACAAAUUAAGAGAAAUGAAAUCCUUAUGUACAUGUUAAAUACUUUGAUGAGAAAUGUAAAAUAUAUAGAAUUUUUGUAUGUUAUGCCAGUUAAUUUUUGUGACACUUUAAACUGUAAUGGUAACGUAUAUACCGGUAGAACAGGUUCCCCAUAUGAUGUGGGAAGUAAAAUGUCUGUAAUAUAUGACAGUCCUGUGGUUAGGACUUCUUUGUGUGUGCUCAGUAUUUAAUCUGUAUUGUCCAAGACCAUCCUAGUCGUGUAUUUAAUUCAUGAUGUAACAAGAGUGGAAGAAAAUGAGAGUCUGAUACAGAAGUCUUGAAGUAAGAAGCAGAAACUGAGAAACUAAAAAAAAUUAUUGAAUUGUGUAACAGGUAGAAGCAUUUCAAUAAACAUAGAUUUGUCAAAUAUUUUGAAAAAAAAAAACUCAAAAUAUGAAGCAUCAAUUCAUAAUCCAUUUCAUUCCUUCGAAUUAUUGCACACUGAAUACCAAAGAUUGACGGUCUGCUUAGAUAUUGGUGUCCUGCUACAUCAUCGUCAAUGAUUAUCAUUCCAGUGAACCAUUUCUGUAACAUGUAUCAAUAUAUUGGAUACAACCCAGUGCCAUGUUAAUGCAGCAAGGAAUUGGAUUUUUUUGGUGCUUUAAAUUCAAGUUUUGCAAUUACAUGUCAGGAAUAUAAUCCAGAUGACCUUAUAUAACCUUUGCAGUUUGUUUUAAAGACAAAGCUGAUCUUGUGUUGUAUGUAGGUAAGAUUGUGUACAGUUAGCGGCCAUAUUUAUCAAUUUAUACAAUUAAUCCAUAAUAGGUUGUUUAUUUAUAACUUCCUACACUUUAAGAAAUCCAUAUAAGGACAAUUAUGCAAAUUUAAACAUUCUUGAUUCUUUAAAUACAUCUAAUACAAUCAUUUUGCGUCCAGUAUUGUUUUUUUGAUUUCUAGAUCUUUGUAUUUCUAUCCUCGUAGGUUUUGAGUAGUUUUCCAUUGUAGUUUGUACACAGUAUGUAUCAGUAUUACAAUAUAAAUAUACUAUUUCAUUCAUCAACUCCGGAGAUACAACAAACUCUUAUUUUGGUCACAUAUCACUUGUGUUUUCUUGACUGAUUAGCCAUUUUCAAUAUACCAGGUACUUUAUAUUUUACUCCAGCAAUUUUACACCAUGUUGGUAAUGUAAUGUAUGCAUUACUAUGGGGGAAAACCAUCACAAAUAAGGUCUCAUUUGCUGAUACUGUGUAGUUGGUAAUAUUUGGAGAUUGAAUAUCACCAUGUUCACAAUCAUCAAAGAUUGCAUGAAAUUAAGUACCGUUAAAUAAAAGUAUAGGCAAUUGAUGUUACAAACUUAAUAUCAGUGUAGACAUGCAUGUAUUUGAUGCCCAUGAACAAAAGGACAACUACAAAAUAUUAGCCCUGCAAAAUUUAACAAUAUUUUUAUACUGCAUAUAACAGGAGAGCUGUGAGUUCUUGGAUCAAUUUGUAGUGAUGAGAGUAGAUUUACUGCGAUAAAAUCAAAACUUGGCAUUGAAGAACAAAUAUUGGUACACAUAUACAUCAUGAUGUAUGGGAGGGCGAGGGGAAUUCUACUUGAUUUUGAGAUCUUGACGACAUUUAUAGACAUUUUCCAGUACAAAGACUCAAAAUUAAAUAGGUCAUCAUAGACUUGUAAAUGCUGGAAACCAAAAUCGUGUUCCUUGACUAGUUUUUAGAUCUACCAUUACAUAUUAAUGAUUUCUCUAUAUUACAUAGUAAAACAAAGAAAAUUCACUUAUCUAAAUCCGGUAUCAAAUUUUCUUUUUUUCUACAAUUUUUUUCUUCACAAUUUGAUAAUUGCCUUUUAAAUGCUUGUCUGUGAUGAAGUGAUGUAUGAGAAUUUUUACUGCAUUAUGUAUGUGUAUUAUGCUAUAUUUGUAUAUGUGGAACAAAUAAUUUGUCAGUAUGUAUGGAAUAUGUUGUGUACAAAUUGUCACACAUUUUAUAUAUAUAUAUGUAACUAUAUAAAUCCAUGUGAGAAAGGUGUAAUUUAUUAUUGAUACCGUCUGAGGAUCAAUAGAUCAAAUGUAUACACAAAUGUACAGUUUUAUAAAUGUGCUUGUUUUUAGGGCCCUGUACGUUUUGUACAGAACGUCUGUUUUUAUAGAAAAAUAUGAAAAAUUAAAAAUUACUGAAUUGCA